CUUUGCUUCUCUCUCACAGCGCGCCGAGCCUGACACCCCGAGGCACAUUGUGAACAUGGUGCUCUCGUUCAUUCUCAUUCAGAACAGGCAAGGGAAGACGAGGCUGGCAAAGUGGUAUGCGCCGUAUAGUGAUGAAGAGAAAGUCAAGUUAAAGGGCGAGGUCCACCGCCUCAUCGCUCCACGCGACCAAAAACACCAAUCCAACUUCGUCGAGUUCCGCAACAUGUCCAAGAUCGUCUACCGCCGCUACGCCGGCCUCUUCUUCUGCGCCUGCGUCGACACAAACGACAACGAACUAGCAUACCUAGAAGCCAUACAUUUCUUCGUCGAGGUGCUAGAUGCCUUCUUCGGGAACGUGUGUGAGCUGGAUCUGGUGUUUAAUUUCUACAAGGUGUAUGCGAUACUGGAUGAGGUGUUUUUGGCGGGCGAGAUUGAGGAGACGAGUAAACAAGUUGUGUUGACGAGGUUGGCGCAUUUGGAUAAGCUGGAGUAGUUGGAUGAUGGGUGGGGAUAUACUAUAUAAUGGUGUGGAGCUCGGGCUGCUUCGACGGGCACCUCGGGCUCGGAUAGGAAGAAUGAGGUUAGUAGCCAAACGCUGCUAAGGAAAUAUGAGAGAGUCACGUAUAUAGCCGCGCUGAGAGGACUCGCGCGAGCAUCUGGAGAGCCCAUAUCCCUAUGGUGGGUUGGUAUACCUCAAGGCUGAUGCGGUACUAGGAUAACCGGAAGGAAUAGUAGGGAGAAUCGCUUGCAAAUACUAGCAGAUCCUGCAAACACAUCUCUUACACAUAUGUGUUCCUGCUUCUACAUUCCGUGACACGCGAGUGAAUGGACCCUGUCGUUCUUGCAUGUGAGGGCGCGCACGGACGCGCUCUUCUGAUGGAAGCAGAGGUCUAGAAAAUAGCCAG